UUCCCGCCCCUCGCGGCCCCACUUACUCUGCGGCCGGCACCCACACCGCCGGAGCCGGCAAGCUGGUGACUGCCGCUGCUGCGCGUCCUCGUCUUCCCGCGUCACUGCUGCCGCCAUGCCUGGAGGUCUCCUUCUUGGGGACGAGGCUCCCAACUUCGAGGCCAAUACUACCAUCGGCCGUAUCCGUUUCCACGACUAUCUGGGAGACUCAUGGGGCAUUCUCUUCUCGCACCCUCGGGAUUUCACCCCCGUGUGUACCACGGAGCUCGGCAGAGCCGCAAAGCUGGCACCCGAAUUUGCCAAGAAGAACGUGAAAAUGAUUGCCCUCUCAGUGGAUAGUGUUGAAGACCAUCUUGCCUGGAGCAAGGAUAUCAAUGCUUACAAUGGUCAGGAGCCCACAGAAAAAUUACCUUUCCCCAUCAUUGAUGAUAAGAAUCGGGACCUUGCCAUCCUGUUAGGCAUGCUGGACCCAGCAGAGAAGGACGAAAAGGGCAUGCCUGUGACAGCUCGUGUGGUAUUUAUCUUUGGUCCUGAUAAGAAGCUGAAGCUGUCUAUCCUCUACCCAGCAACCACUGGCAGGAACUUUGAUGAGAUUCUCAGGGUAAUUACCUCUCUCCAGCUGACAGCGGAAAAGAGGGUUGCCACCCCCGUUGAUUGGAAGGUAAAGACCUUAAAAGGGCAGAUACCCAGCUCACCUUCAAGGCCUAAGGGGCCAGUCUCUAAAUGGCUAUCUUCUGGGUCUUUCUUACUUGGGGCUCUUUUUCUGGCACGCACACACACUGGCAGGACUUUUCCUUAUGGCUGAGUUUCAGAUUUACUAUGAGGCCAUUGUCAAGGUCUUCUUUGUAUUUUUAUAUGAAAUACAAACUCCCCGUAUUGCUUUCUAACUUCCAUAUCACUUGAUCAAAUUAAUUGGUCAGAAUGAUUCCUUUUCUUUUUUAAGUUUAGUUAUUUAUUUUGAGGAAGAGCACGAGCAAGGGAGAGGAGAGGCAGAGAGAGAGAGAGAAUCCCUUAGCAUGGAGCCUGGGGCGGCCCUCAAACUCACAAAGUGUGCGGUCAUGACCUGAGCUGAAACCGAGAAUCGGACACUUAACCAACUGAGCCACCCAGAAUGAUUUCUUAAUAAAAUAAAAUUUUUUUAAAAAACCUUUAACCCUUCCCAAAACGAGCAAAAUGUUGGCAAAAUAUUUAUAGCAAAACUUAGAUUGGCCACUUGAAUCAUGGCUAUAAAACUGUUUGGUGUAUGAAUGUCUGGAGCAUUUCACUUCUCUUAAGCUUCAAUUAGCCUUUCAAACCCCAUGUAGAAUUCUCAGACAGGGAUAAUAUCACAAGGGCAUCUUAACAUUGCUACCUUUUUAAAAUAUGCUCACCUGAAUACCAGGUUGUGUUGAUUUGUUUUUCCUGACAGGCAAAUCAUUUAAAGUCUAUCUGUCCAUUGAACAUGUGUUUAUUGAGCCCAGGCAGUGGGCUCUGGGCUACAGCAAUGGUGAACAAUAUAAAUAUUAAUGUAAAUAGGAGUCCCUGCCCUCAGAGAGCUUACAUGCCAGUGGGCGGAGACAAACAGUAUGCAAGUUUACCGUGUUUUAGGUGGCAAUAAGUGUGACUGAGAAAAAUCAAGCAGAGGUGGAGACAGUGGGAGCAUAGGGGUGGGAGAGUAGGUUUUAUAAUUGGCUGUCAAAGAAGGCCUUUCUCUGAAGGGAACUUUGGGAAGGACAUGAAGAAAGCAAGGGACCAAGUCGUGCUUGUUUAUGAGGGAGGAAAACCAGCGUGCCUGGAAGAGCAGGAGCAGGAGGUGGGGCAAGGAGGCACGAUUCAUUCACACCGGGCAGCGGUAAGGACUUAGAAUUUAAAUUUUAAAGUGUGGUGCCAAGACGUCACUGGGUUUAAAACAAGACCAUCUCUUGUUAAGAUGGGGACAUUGUUCUCUC